AUGACCAAAAGAACGUUUCAGCCGCCCUCAGUAGCCUCGAAAUCAGAUCCGCCCUCGCCAGAACACUCGCAGGCCGGGACCAGUGUCGAGGGCUUUGACAACAUGUCUGCACGCAGCGUCGAGUCGUCGUAUCCAAUGCCUCACCACCAGCGGCGAAGUUCUUCCUGGAACUCGUCAUCACAGUAUGGGGAAAUGGUCGGCCCCUACAACGCUCCCCAGCGUGUUCAGUACUCCUCACAAACUCCUUUCCCGUCUUCACGAGCGAGUCCUAGUCUGCCGCCGAUUCGGGACAUUGGGGGCUAUGACUCCCAAUAUCCUCCCCCAGCCGGCACCUACUCCCAAACAUACGGGGCCCCGCCGGGAGUUGCCACACACGGUGUCCAGGACACCUACUCUUAUACAGCAGAGAGACCGGCUUAUUACGAUACCACCGGUCGCUACGGACAAGGCUAUCCGCCAGCCAAUCGACCCAGUGUUCCACAGGUCGAUUAUGCCAGAUAUGCUCCUUCGCCUUACGAGUACCGGGCAGGAGUAGCUUACCAGUCGCCGUAUGGUCCUACCGAGUAUGCCUCGUCUCCGAGUACGGUGCAUCAUCCUUCUUCUCCAACUGUUGGAAUGGACACAGAGACGCGAAACAGGAGGCGUAGAGGUAAUCUACCGAGGCAGAUUACCGACAUUCUGCGUGCCUGGUUUCAUGAGCACCUCGACCAUCCAUAUCCCACUGAGGAGGAUAAGCAGGCUUUCAUGGCCAGAACGGGCCUCACGAUUGCACAGAUCAGCAACUGGUUCAUCAAUGCAAGAAGACGCCAGCUGCCGGCGUUACGCCAUGCCCGCGACCGGGGUGCUUUGAACCCGGCACUUGAAUACGAUCCGGAUCAAGUACGGCGACAACACCAGCCAGAAUCGGCCUUGAGAUGA